AUGGUUCAAUUGCAGGACAAAAUGCAGCUGCUCCCAAAACCGAAGCUAUACACACCACCUCCACCUCAACCCCUCCACCAAAAGAAGACCUCCUCCCCCCACCGCAAACGACAAGCCGCCCGCCGCGCAGCAUCCCAAGCAGACCUCGUCCUGCCUGCAAAUUCCUCCUCAAAUCUCACCUCCAAAGCCUCAGCAGCACCGGCCAACUCUCUCCGCCGCCUAGUCCCCAUCCUCCUCUCGCUCUCCAAGCCACGUCUGUCCAUCCUCGUCGUGCUAACAGCAAUGGCAUCCUACACCCUCUACCCAGUUCCCGAACUUCUCUCACAAACUGAAACUCCCUCCCUCUCAACCCUCACCCUGCUCUUCCUCACGACAGGCACAGCGCUCUGCGCCGCAAGCGCCAAUGCGCUGAACAUGUUAUACGAGCCGAAAUGGGACGGAAUGAUGAGCAGGACUCGGAACCGGCCUCUCGUACGAGGUCUUAUAUCUACACGCGGCGCAGCACUGUAUGCUGUCCUAAGUGGCGUGAUAGGAACAACAUUGUUAUACUUCGGUGUCAAUCCGACCGUUUCCUUCCUCGGUGCCCUCAAUAUCGCCCUCUACGCGGGUGCCUAUACACCGCUAAAACGUAUCUCGGUGCUCAACACAUGGGUCGGAGCAAUCGUCGGCGGUAUCCCGCCAUUAAUGGGCUGGGCUGCUGCGGCGGGGCAGAGCGCGACCAAGGACGGAACGUGGAGGGAGUUGUUGCUUGGGGAGGGGAACAUUGGGGGCUGGUUAUUGGCUGCCCUGCUUGUUGCGUGGCAGUUUCCGCAUUUUAUGGCGCUGAGUUGGUCGAUUAAGGAUGAAUAUAAGAAUGCGGGGUAUAGAAUGUUGUGCUGGGUUAAUCCUGCGCGGAACGGACGCGUAGCUCUCAGAUAUAGUCUGGCUUUCUUUCCUAUUUGUAUAGGGCUGUGUUAUGUUGGUGUGACGGAGUGGAGCUUUGCGAUAGCAAGUACGCCGAUCAAUGUGUGGCUGGUGAAAGAGGCAGUCAAAUUUUGGAGGUUGGAGGGUAUCAAGGGGUCCGCGAAAGGCCUGUUUUGGGCUAGUGUGUGGCAUUUGCCUGUGGUUAUGAUCUUGGCGAUGGUGGAGAAGAAGGGAUUGUGGCAGCGGGUGUGGAGGGCUGUUGCGGGGGACCCAGACCCGGAUGAUGAUGGGGAGUGGAUGGACGAGGAUGAGGAGGAGGCUGUGUUGGAGGCCAGCAAGGUUUCGCCGGAGGCCAGAAAGGCGGCCAUUGCAAUGCCGAGCAGAUGA